AGGAAGUGCGUCGACCGGCUCCUCGCCGCUCGGCUCGAUGCUUGCGCGACUCGCGAGCCUUCUCCACCGACGUGCGUGACGCCUGACCAAGCACCGCGCCCCGCCGCCGUCGCCACCGCCUACCUCCGCCGCAGGAGACGGGGUCGGCAUCGGCACGGCACGAUGAGGAGCAGCGAGGCCAUGGAGCUCCUGGGCUUCCCUCCCUACUCCCGCCCAUCCCCUUCCGAGGUGAAGGCUGCGUAUAGAAGAAUGGUGAUGGAGUCCCAUCCUGAUCGUGUCCCAACGCAUCUGAAAUCGCAGGCUGAGUCGAAAUUCAAGGAGAUAUCAGAAGCAUAUUCUUGUUUGAAGGAUGGAAGAAGAUCAGGGAGUAGGAUGGAAGUUCAUGUUAUGCGUUCUGGUGUUCCGACUGGCUACGGAAGAUCAAAUAGAACGUUGGUUAAAGCCCCAUUUCUACUCAUAAUGUUUGCGGCAGUUUCUUUUGGUGCCUUUAGCGCAUCAAGGGCAUAUCAACGGCAAAAGGAACUGUGUUCCUCCCAGAACCCCUUUCUACCAUAGAGGAAGACAAUGGGCUCUAUCCAUAUUCAUUCAUAGGCGAGAAGAGUUUCUUGUACAUUGUACAGAUGUAAAACAAUCACAACUGUCCUGAAUAAACGUACCAACCGGUGUCUUCUGACCUUGUUGUUUCAGACUUCAAAGCAUGUAAAAUCAUUUUUUUUUUGUUUCCUGAUUUCGUCUGCCUUGUUGCUACGUUCAGUUAGCUUUGCUUUAAAAUUAAAACUGCUUCAAAGCCGACCA